UAUGAUUAAUUUCUCUUCAGGGUCCUGUCGGCCCACGAGGACUCCCUGGACCACCGGGCCCUCCCGGAAUUCAGGCCACAUUCAAACACGAGGAGCUAGGUGCAGCUCUGCAAGCAUUGAUCGAAUCGAAAACUGCACUCAGGACUGAGAACUAUCAGAAUUCAGACGUACCUUUGCUUGACCAGGGAGCAGAGAUCUUUAAGACCCUACACUACCUCAGUAAUCUGAUCCACAGCAUAAAGAAUCCACUGGGAACCAAAGACAAUCCAGCUCGUGUCUGCCAUGACCUCAUGAACUGUGAGCAGCGAAUGAACGACGGCACUUACUGGAUUGAUCCUAACCUUGGCUGCACCUCGGAUACAGUCGAAGUGAUUUGUAACUUCACAAAUGGUGGGCAGACCUGUCUCAAACCCAUCACUGUCUCCAAGUUGGAGUUUUCAGUCGGACGGGUCCAGAUGAACUUCUUACAUUUGCUCAGCUCGGAGGCAAUCCAACACAUCACCAUCCACUGUCUCAAUGUGCCAGUCUGGACAGAUGGGAGCUCAAAAAAACCCUUCAAACAAGCUGUCAAGUUCAAGUCCUGGAACGGGUUGAUGCUGGAAGCCGGAGGGCAGCUGGAACCCAAGGUGGUGGUAGACAACUGUCAGAUAAAAGAUGGACGAUGGCACCAGACACACUUCCUGUUUCACACCCAGGAUCCCAAUCAGUUGCCGAUAGUUGGUAUUUAUAACUUACCACAACCAAAGCCUGGACUACAUUACCACCUUGAGGUUGGGCCUGUCUGCUUUCUCUGAGACCUCGGAUUGACCAUCUUUAACCCACAUCAGAGCAUAGUUAUCCUUUACUGUGUAUUCAAAUAAAACUCAAGGAAUUGCUGACGUGAUGUGUGGGAAUAUCACAUUACCCAUCAGAGAAGGCUACGCAAUAGCUUUCUUUAAAAUCAGAAAAAAAAAACUGUAAAGAGACAUUAAGAGGACCUGUUUCGUGGGGAAGAAUUUAGCCUAAAGCAACUAAAAUUGAAGAUUUUCACCCUCUAGCCUAAGAGUAUGUAGGCUGCUGUGUAUGAAGGAAUGGAUCAAAGUGGGUUGCAGAAGAUCCAUUUUAAAGAGACAGAGAGAGAGAAAGGGGGGAAAAUAAUAAAUUGAUUUGUAGUGGCUUAGCCAGCAUUCUGUUCAGCAGUCCCAAGUUAUGGGAUACUCAGAAACGUUGAUUGCAUGUAGUCGAUAGAGCUGGUGACCUGCAUUGUCUACUAAGCAAUCUCCAAUGUGCAAUAGUAAAGGGAGAAACUAGAGGAACUAUCAAGGAUUGAUAAAAUUCCCUAAAUCCGUGACACUUCAUCUGAAGUGUGAAUGAUUCCAAUGUUUAGCUCUCAGCCACCAAACGCCUGAACUAAUUAGUCAGUCCCGGGCAUGGUGAAACCAAGUGAUAAAGGAGGUUGGGUCCAGUUUCCUAGUGAUUAUGACAUGGUGCUAGUGGGAUGAACUUCGUGGGGUGAUUUUUUUUCUACCUCUCAUUGUCUGGAAUUGGUGCUCACAUUCUUGUGUUUUAUUGUCGAUAUUCACAUGUCGUUUUCGAAUCACUGGUGCUAUGUAAU